GAAGGGGCAGGGCAUAAACACAUCUGUGUUAUCGCUUGCCAGAAAUCUGUUCCGACCUCAUUAACCCAUAAAUAUCGGAUCACUUGUUUUUUUUUUUGUUGUUGUUGCUCCUCCGCCCACACUAAGACCCCGAGCGUAGGCAAAAAGGGGUUGGUGCGGAUGGGGCAGAAGGAGGGGUACUCAAACGCUGAGAUACGAUGCUGUGAUGCUGAGACAGCGCGACGGUUUGUUGUGCCCCGUUCGUCAUGCCGCGCAAAUGACUUAAUUUCUUUACCAACUGGCGAUGGCCAUCGCUUCGCUUCACGCUCCCUCCCUUGCUUUAAUCUCGUUGUCACUCGGCUAAACCGCAGUCGACUCGGAGCGGAACGCGCCCAAAACCCGCGUUUCAGUCGCGACGAAACCGCCCACCGCACCGGCAGUGUGGAACGAUGAGCCGCAACCGACGCAGCACCAGCAGCACGUCCGGCGAUUCCGGCAAGGAUCCACAGCUGACCUUCGACCAGCGGCUGCAGGCGAACGCGCGCGAACGCUACCGAACACACAGUGUCAACUCCGCGUUCAACAAUUUGCGCCUGCUGAUACCGACGGAACCGCCCGACCGGAAGCUGUCCAAGAUCGAGACGCUCCGGCUGGCGAAGAGCUACAUCUCGCACCUGAUCGCCGUGCUCGUGACCGGCAACAGCCAGCGGCCCUGUGCCAGCACCAACCAGCGCCCCCAGCCGACGGUGGGCGAGCAGGAUGGUACGGGCGCCCAUCCACCACCCACCUACUAUCGCCAAUCAAUCUGCACGUUUUGCGUGACGCUCGACAAGUACUGAAGGAAGCGUCGUUUCGUUUCGUUGGUUGCAAAGUGUUUGUUCGGUUAUUCGACAAGUGCAUAACAAGUGUAAUUUUUUUUUCUUUCCUAACUUUAUUACUAGUUAGCUUAGCUUUAAGCCAAAACCAAAACGAACGCACACAUGCACACACAUUGCAAUAGUAUUGUAAUGGUUAUAUACGUAAAAUCCUGCUCUACGACGUGCCAAGUCAUUUAAUGCUUAAUCGUGACCAAAGUGUAAAUUUCAGUAUUGUGUGCCUGGGGCGCGGUUCACGCGCGUGUUACUGUGUGAAAUAAAAUCUACAGCUCUUAGCUCAAUAGUUUUAAAGUACACAGAAGAAGAAAACACUGUCUCUCCUUCCUUCCCGCUUUGUUUCAGUGUAGCGUAGACAUUUGCUGGGGUAAACUUAAAAUGUGACAAAUUAAAA